CCCCGCCCCCAUCCCAGCCACGCCCCCUCCCCGCCCCGUCGCUGCUCUCUCGCGUAACGUGCGGUGUUUUGAACAGUUCGCUGCCCCUCAGCUGGCUUAGAACGGGAUGGAAGAGGAGGCAGAGCCCGGCGUGUCUUCACGGACGGAGAGGAAAGCGAUGGAAAAAGCCAAAAUACUUCAACGCGAAAGCGACCGGAAGCUCGUUCGACUGGUCGGGCGAGUCCUGAAGAAGCCGGAGGCCGAGCGGUCGGAGGAGGAGGCCGCCGUGUUGCUGCUGCACGGAGAAACCGCGGAGGAGCUCUGCAAGAGACAAGUCCGCAGAAAUGUGCUGAAGAGGAAGCAGGAGGAGGUGUAUGAUGAUGCGGAUGAGCUGAAGAGCAAAGUCAAGCAGUUGGCAGCGGCGGUCGAACAAGCAAAGCACCUGGUGGUUUACACCGGUGCCGGUAUUAGUACGGCAGCAUCCAUUCCGGACUACAGGGGCCCCAAUGGGGUGUGGACGCAGCUACAGAAGGGCCGGACCAUCAGUUCGUCUGAUCUGAGUAAAGCUGAGCCGACCCUCACGCACAUGUGCAUUAGAAUGCUUCAUAAGGAAAACCUGGUAAGGCAUGUUGUUUCUCAAAACUGUGAUGGACUUCACCUGCGUAGCGGUCUACCCAGACACGCCCUGUCUGAGCUGCACGGAAACAUGUUUAUCGAGGUGUGUACAUCCUGUUCGCCGGUGAGGGAGUAUGUGCGUUUAUUUGACGUGACAGAGCGGACGUCGCUGCACCGCCACGGGACAGGACGCAGGUGCAGCCACUGCGGUGGUGAGCUCAGCGACACCAUAGUGCACUUUGGGGAACGUGGGACCCUCGAGCAGCCGCUUAACUGGAAGGGAGCUUCUGAGGCCGCAGAGAAGGCAGAUGUUAUCCUCUGCUUAGGCUCCAGCCUUAAAGUGUUAAAGAAAUACCCCUGUCUUUGGUGCAUGAACAGACCAGGAAGCAAAAGGCCCAAACUCUACAUUGUCAACCUCCAGUGGACACCAAAAGAUGACCUGGCUGUGCUAAAAAUUCAUGGCAAGUGUGAUGAUGUCAUGAGCCUCCUUAUGGAGGCGUUGAACAUUCAAAUUCCUGUGUUUGACCGGGCGAAGGACCCCAUCUUCAGCCUAGCCACAGCUCUGCGUCAAGAAGAGGUCAACAGCCACACUCGCGAGGUCAUAGCUCCCCUUGAUGGGCAGGAGGUCUGUUUUCCUGGUUCUGGAGAGCCGGCAGAAGAAGCCACAGCUGUGCUGGGUGGCUGGUUUGGGCGAGGCCAAGGCAAAGGACGGAAGAAGAAGAAGAAAGCUGCAUAAUAGAUUUAUUCAAUGUGGUCAAGAAUGUGUUUGAAACCAUGAAGUGUUUGAUGACAGCCUAAAGCCAAAGGGGACUUUGGUUGUGUUUUGUUAGAAGCGCUCCGCAUGGUCCCGGCACAGAGACAGUUUAUUCUCGCACCAAAAAGUGAGGUCUCCUGCAAAGAAAAAGCCUAAAGUUUCAAACCAACUCCUGCGAAAUGUAUUUUUUUUCUUCUUUCUGCUGACCCUCUUUAUGGUCAGUUUGUUUACACUCGUAGUCCAGCAUGUUUGAGCAGAAGCUGGAUGUAAAUGGACAUUUAAGCACAGGUGUCUGUUGUAAAAGUUCCGACAUAAAUGCUCAUGCAAGGUAAAUCUUUCAUUAGAACACAAGUUACAGAGCAGAGAUCUUUUCUUCGUGUAGUAAAUAUGUUUGUAGUCUUAUUUCAGAUGUUUACAACUCACAAUGUCAAAUGUACUUAAAAAAAAAAAAAGUACAUUUUAAAGGUUUUUGUGUUUACAUAAAUUAUUUCCUGAACUCAGUCAACGUUCAUAUCCGCUGUCGAGCAUUCUCAGGUUUGCAGACGAAGUAGCACAGCUGUUGUACCUCGGCUUACUGAAGUUGUUGAAUUUGUUUACAUUUUGCAAAACCAUGCAGAGAUUCUACUUGUCAUAUUUUUAUCUACAAGAAUUUAAAUCUAAAUUUAUUUUAAUUUUACUAAAAUUAUCAUUAGUAGUUUUGUGUCAAGUUAGUUUCAUGUGUGUGUUGGUAUGAAUACGUCUCAGGGAGAUCCGGUGCUAUUAACCUCAUCCUAAACGUGUCAUUUCUGUUAUUAAAGGCCAGUCUAGCAACUUGA